UCGGAUACAGUUGGCUCGAGCCCGGCCAUGAGCCAUCAGAGCAACCGCGCCGAGGCGAGGAGACAAUGCGAUCUUGGAGUCUGCCGACGUGUGAUCGGGCAGGACUGGCCAAUAGUCAUGCUCGACCAAUAUGUGAUUGUGGCCAUGGUUGAGCGGAUGCGGGGGGGGGAGGAGAUCACAUUUAUUGUCUUCACUAACGAGCCUGUCGACCAAGUGUUUAUCAUAAUCGAGCCGCCCUCCACACCUCUAACUGGCGGUGGUUUGGUGGUCGGAGCUAUGGCUGUUGAGACAUUUGGAUGGGGGUGGGAAGCCGACCAACCCGUAAACAAUUGGUACCGGAUGCAAGGCCGGCACACUAAGCUAAGCCCUCUAUUGUUGGCAGGGCUUGGCUACGUUCCAAGUGGCCGAAUGGGAGCAUCAGCGACAGUGAGAAUACGGAAAGCCCCAAACUGGCGCCUUGACGACGCGUGUGUGCUUUUGCCCUCCCCUGGCAACCGUGGUGCUCAGUGGGCGGCAAUAAACGCAGUAUACUUGGCACCACCUAACACAAUGCUUUGGAGAAAAAACCGGUAUCGACAAGACGAUCGGGAGAUUGGCACGCCUGUCGGUGUUGCCUGGUUGGACGAAGAUGAGCACGAGACGUCUUUCAGGCUGAAACUAGAUCGGUCGGAGUGA